ACACAGCCCGUAGCAGUUCAAUGCCCCGCGUCCUUUUCAAGAGGAGGCGAUUCUUCAGGGGCACGGUCAGAGACAGGUUGACAGGAUGCAGAAAGCAGUGGUUCUGGUUGCGCUGCUAGUGCUGGGAUGUGCUGGGAUCAUCCAGGGACUCCCCGUCACGCUCCCUGACCCUCUGUACCCCACACAGGAGAACUUUGAUGUGACCCGGUUUUUGGGAACAUGGCACGAUGUUGCCAAGGCCAGUACAUGUCCCCAUAUGCAGCACAGCAGGGGAGAGGCAGCCAUUGGCAAGCUGGUGCUGCAGAGAGGUGCCACUGCGAACAAACUCAAGAUGACUCGCACCGUGCUCAGACGCGGAACAUGCAUGGAGAGGACCGGGGAUUACGAGCUGACCAGCACACCAGGGCGAUUUUUCUACCAUGUUGAAAAGUGGGGGGCGGACGUGGAUGCCUACGUGGUUCACACGAACUACAUUGAGUAUGCCAUAGUGAUAAUGAACAAACAGAAGACGGGGGGCCAACAGAGCACCUCUGUCAAGCUUUACAGUCGGACUAAGUCUGUGAGGCCCACUGUGCUGGAAGACUUCAAAACACUGGUCAGACAACAGGGAAUGACCGACGACAAUGUUGUCAUUAGACAGGACAAAGGCGAUUGUGUUCCGGGAGAGCAGGCGGCAGAGCCUCAGCCUCAGCGGGUGAGGAGAACUGUGGUCCCUUCCUUGGCUCUUGCAGAUGCGGAGGGCUCUGGUGAUAUCGACAUGCCUCUGUUCAAUGCGACUGAGGCUUGCAAAGCAGCGCCGGACACGGGACCAUGUUUCGGGCUUCACCAGCGUUACUACUACAACUCCUCCUCAAUGAGCUGUGAACUCUUCCAGUACGGAGGUUGUAUGGGCAAUCAGAACAACUUUCAGACGGAGAGGGAGUGUCUGCAGAGAUGUCGCACUGAGGCCGUGUGCCGUCUGCCCAUGACAGCCAAACCCUGCACGGGGCAGCCAGUCGUGUGGUCCUUUUACUCCGACGCUGGUCUGUGCCUGUCCUACAAAGAGGGCUUCUGCCAGACAAAUGCCAACAAGUUCUACAGCAAGGCAGAGUGUGAGGAGUACUGCGGGGUGGUGAAAGAUGACGAGGAACUUCUAAAAUCCACCUGAGUGAAGUGAGGAAACUCCACGGCUCCUCAUUCUGACAUGCAGCACGAGCCAGCGUUGUAUAAGGUGCACGAUGAAGAAAUACGUUGUUGUCUUAGUGGUUCUCUGUCACAACAAUAAAAGGCAAUAAAGGUCAAUACUGUUUGCCA